AUGCAGGAAUACAUAAGCAAGGCUCUGCUCUCCACCCAAAUUGUUCGGUUGCAGCAGUGCCUCACGGACAUUGAAUUUCUGCGUGCAAAGCACUACCUAAUUCUCCGUGACCUUGGAGUCAUCGCGGAGCAAAUGAAGAUUCUCCGAAAGAUCACCAGGAGACAGGGAAGAUACAUAGCUGGGGUGGAAGCCGCCAUACAACAUGUGAACAAUCAGAUUGAGGAGGUGCAGGCACGGAAGGAGUUCAUUUCGUUCUACUUGCUGCAAGACCCUAUGCAUGCAAGACAGCAGCUCGAGCAGAACCAGCUACUUGAUCUCGGGAUGGACAUUGGGCUGAACGAAGCAAGAAGGGCAGUUGUUGAUCCACGCGCGUAUAUUCCUGAGUCCCGCCUGGACAUAACUCAGUGGGAAGACCUGGAGCGUAGGGAAAGAGUCAUAGAGCAACGACAGCGUCACCUGAGGGAAAAUACGCCUCCGCCAAGUCUUCAUGCUGCCCGCAAGAAACAAAUGAAGAAGGACCGGCCUGCAGUAGAGAGCCCUACGCUGCUUCCUCCGGCACCGCUAAGUCCACGCUUCGGCAUAGCAGGCCUGGGUACCUCCCCGUCAGCUCCACGCCGCCAGACUGUCCUGCCUAUACCAGGGGAGCCUCCAUGGAAAGCGUUUGUCACUCCGCAACCAGACAGGCCUUCCGGCCCUGCGAGAGGACAGUCUGUGGACAGUGACGACGAGGAUGACUGGGACACUUUGAGGCAGCAGUACGGCGGAACUCACCAGGGAACGUUCGAGCUGCGAGAAAAGGGCGGUGAAAUAGUUCUGGUGAAGCCGUUCCCCGAAGCGCCAACAGAGGGGCUGCCCAUGGCCACCAUAACGCAGCCUCGCAGGCGCCAGCGGCGUUCCUCUGUCAAGAAUUCCGAUUCUGAGAAAGCAGAGUCUCCGUCACCUCGGGCUGCUGUGGCACGGCCACCAGCAACAAGCCCCGCUGCGGGCGCAAGCUCGCCAAUUCCGGUAACAGACUUCUUCAACGAGGACGAGGGCCCAAGGCCCAAGACGAACGCUCCAGAAAUUGCGGAAGAGAGAGAGAGAGAAACCAAGAUUCAUUCAAUUCGUGUCACGCUUUACAGAAGUUCCAUGGAAACGUAG